CACCCUCCCGCCACCACCACCCCCCAUAUGCAGAGGCCUUUCUAGAGCGCCCGGGAGCGCGCGGCACCGGAGGCAGCAGCCGCUCGCCGUCGCACACACGCAGAGGACGCCAACACUACAGCAAAGGGAUUUUUUUUUUAAUUAUUAUUAUUAUCAUUAAUAUUAUUUUUUUUCCCCAUCUGGCUUUUUUCCCCCCUGGGGGGCUUGUGGUGUGUCAAGGAAGCCGGCGCACUCCCAGGAGUUGGGAUUAUUUGCACAACGUCUGUAUAUUGAGUUCUCGAUCCUGUUUUUAUUUUUUUUUUUUUUUGAAGCGCAGAGGGGUUGUUGGGUUUUUGUUCAGUUUGGGGUUUUUUUGCCCCUCCACACCACACUUUUCUUGGGUUUUUUCCCUGCCACUGUCAGCACCACUUCACCUUUCCACUGUUCCCACCAUGGCCCGGAUGAACCGCCCUGCCCCCGUGGAGGUCUGCUACAAAAACAUGAGGUUCCUCAUCACCCACAACCCCACCAAUGCCACGCUCAGCACCUUCUUGGAGGACCUGAAGAAAUACGGUGCCACCACGGUGGUGCGAGUGUGUGAAGUGACCUAUGACAAGACCCCCCUGGAGAAGGAUGGCAUCACUGUCAUGGAUUGGCCAUUUGAUGAUGGAGCACCUCCUCCCAGCAAGAUUGUGGAAGAUUGGCUCAACUUGUUGAAGACCAAGUUCUGUGAGGACCCUGGUUGCUGCGUGGCCGUGCACUGCGUGGCCGGCCUGGGGCGUGCUCCCGUCCUUGUCGCGCUGGCCUUGAUCGAGAGUGGGAUGAAGUAUGAAGAUGCCAUCCAGUUCAUCCGGCAGAAGCGCAGAGGAGCCAUCAACAGCAAGCAGCUGACGUACUUGGAAAAAUACCGACCAAAGCAGAGACUCCGAUUUAAGGACCCUCAUAACCACAAGAACAAAUGCUGCAUCAUGUAACCUCAAUGACCUCUUGCCAAAAUCCGUGCACAGACCCCCGGGCACUCGCACACAUCCCACUCCCUCUCCUCCUCGCCCAGCCCUGUGCUCCCCACACGCCUCCCCUCUGCCAGGGCUGGGCUGGGGACAUGGAGCAUCUCCAGAGUGUUCCAGCACUCACAGCACACUCGUCUUGCUGGAUCCCCAAAAAAGGCUGCUGUCUCCAGCUGCAGCCCCGAGGAGGGAAGGCAGCACUGCCCUUUGACUCUUGGUUUUAGCAGGCAAUGAGCUCGUGUGACCGUUCUUCAUCACCAUCCUCCCCCCUUCCCCCCCCACGGUGCACUGAAAGGGGUGGGCAAAGGGUGCUUGGUUUGGGGUGAUGCAGGCAGGGCUGUGCCAGCUCAGAAGGGAUGAGGUGCAGAAGGGCCAGAGCACCCCCAGAAAAGCCUUUCCCCACCUCUUCCCCAUAAAUAAGGGCUGCAGCAGCAGGGAUGGAGGUGGGGAUGGCACAGUGGCCUCAGGGGGGAAGGUGGUGAUAGCAGGGAAAGGUGACAGGGGCCCUUAGCUCAGUGUCCCUAGUGACCAGGGGAGGGGCUGAGCUAAGACCCCCAGCACCAUUCCCUUUCUCCUGGCCCCUCUAUCAGCUCACCACAUCUCUGUUGCCUCAAUGCCAGCCAGGAUGCUGCAGAUGGGGCUCGUUGGGGACUUGCUCCAGUGAAGGCAGAGCUGCUGGGAACCUCGGGGACCAUGGCAGGGCUUUGAGGCACUCAGCUUUGUUGGGAUGCUGGAUCAGCACUGUGUCCCCCAAAGUGUGGGGUGCUCUUAUUUAUAGCUUCCAAAUUCAGUGCCCAGAGUGAUGGGUUCUCUGCUGUUGUGUCCCCAUCUCUGACCUGUGGCACAAACCCCAAUUCUGGCUGCAGUGCCCUGGGGACACAGUGUGCCUCUCAAGGCAUAUCCAUAUCCUCCACCACCACUGCAUUUGCUGGCCAAGGGGCUGGGCUGCAGCUUUCCUAGGGGAUUUUGGGUGUUCCUGGCAAGAGCACAUCACCUAAUUUUGCACCUGCCUUUUCCAUGUCUGUACUGAGGCAUCCGGCACCCCCGGAGCACACCCAGGUGGGGUGGGCUCAGAGCUGCCCCUGAGCUGGGACAUGAAACAUCUCUCAACUUUCUGCCUUUGAACGCUUGCAACAGCUGGAGCAGUGGGCACGUAGAGGGUGUGGGGAUGGUUUUUUUCUUUUAAUGAGGAUAAAAAGAAAUUUGCUAAUUAAAGGAAAAAAAAAAAAAACUUAAAAAAAUACCCUGUUUGUCUUCCGCACAUCCUCUGGCCUUUCUUUCUCUCAUCACUGCCCAGUAGAACCCGGGAGGUGACCCAUGGUCCCCCAGACUAAUCCCCAGCACAGUGUCACACUUGUCACAGCUGGCUGCCAUCCACUAUCACUAGGACAUAGAUGGGGCCCAGGGGAUGCUCUGGUUGUCCUUUGGGCUCACUGCUGCUCACCCCUCAGCUGCAGAGUUGUUGGGACAAGGAGGGCUGAUCAUCCCAUCUCUUGGAGUUUUAGGCUGACCAGCUUGAGAUGCCCUCAGUGUCCUGUGUUGGGUCUCUCCAAAGGUUUGUGUGCCUUCCAAAAUGUAGUUAUCCAGAGACAUUUGCUUCCGGGCAUUGAUCCCUUGGGACAGGUGGUGAGGAAGGCUGGUUAGACACCUUCAGUCCCUGCAGAAGGUUGGGAACUGCUUUGUACCACCACAUGGGUGUGCAGCAGAGGUGUUUGGAGCUGUUUCCAGCAUCACUUCACCUGUCCUGAUGGGGGACAAUCCCAACUGCAGGGCAGGGAAGGCCAUCCUUUGUGAUAAGCUGUGGUGCUGAGUGAGGUGGGGACCCUCCACACGUGGCCCUGGAGUUGUCAUGCCACUCACCUUGGGCCUGUCCAACCUUGUAGGACAGCCCUCAGUCCCUUGUGGUUCUCCUGCUCUAGCCCAGGCUGUUGGUUCCCAUAACUCAUGGAGAAGGCAGCAAUGGUCAAAGGGUCUGUGGAUUGGGAAUAGUGUGGAUUGGGCUGAUAAAAAGGUGUGACCCUAUAUUAGAGCACCCUGCUGGGUGGGUCACUAUCCCCUUCCUGCUUGGGUCUGUCCUCCUGCUGCUAAAAUAGGUGCUGCUUCAUCCCCAGGGACAUAGGAGGUGGAUUGGCAUUGUGGUGGUGACAGCCCCAAUCCCUGCUAGCCAGGAAACUUCUUGAUCCCAUGCCCUUCCUUAGAACUGUUGCUUUAUGGGCUUUCUGUCCCAGCAAGAUGAGUUUUCCUCACCCAUGCUCAUGGCAGCAUCACCUGGAGCACUGCCCAGGGCAGGAGCUCCUGGGAUUCAGCCACGAUGCCUUUGAGUUGGAGUCAGGCUGGGAACAGAGGGGUUUGAAUUCAGCCUCCUUCGGCCACUCUUGAGAAAGACUUCACUCAGCUUGGGGGGCUGGCUUGCUUUAUGUAGCAUCAACCCAAUCACCUUAAAAUUAGGGAGCCUCUAGUAUAAAAGUAGUCCUUGACCUGGCCAUGUGGUGAAAUCCUGAGGGCAUCUGGCUGGCAGAGUGGCAUCUUGAUCCUUCUCAGUUUAUGAGUCACUGAAAAAAAAAAAAGAAAGCAAACCAAAUCAUGCUGAUUUAAUUAUCCUAGAUCUUUUUCUUUCUUUUUUUUUUUUUUUCAUGGAUAUCUCCCCCUUAACCCUAAAAUGUGCUGCUUCCACAAAAAGGAUACCUUGGCAGCCCAGGAGCUGCUGUUUUGCAUGGAGGGCUGAAUUCAAAAGUUUCUCUGGGUUGGACUGCCAAAUACUUGGUUUUUUUUUUUUAUAUGGACUUGGGCUCCUUCCUCUGAGGUACCAGUUCCUCGAUGUUUCAGCCUAGAGAGGGUUACAGAAGCAACAGGCUGGGGAAACUGAGGGGUCUUCCAAGGAGGAUUUGGUUUAGAAAUCUCAAAGAUCUCAAAAGUCUUGAGACAGGCAGAAGAAAGGUUGAAGUUCAGUAGACAACAUCAAAGUGAGGCCUAAGCAGCCAAGGGCUCAUGGUUUGGGCUGGACUUGGGUUCUCUCCUUGUACACUAAUCCUCAUUUCACUUCAAAUGCCAAGAUGCUGAAAGGAGAGCCUUAAAAAUCUGAUCUGUUUGCCGAUGCUGUCACUGUUCCAGUUGUUUCCAUUGAGUCCUGGCAGAUGUCACAGGGAGCAGACACCCCCAUGGCUUUGGCUACAAACCAGCCACCUCAUUCUGCCCUUAUCUCCAGAAGCAAAGGCUCAAACUGGGUUUUAUAAUUUCUGACCCCCUAUCAAACCCCUCACACUUCAUGGAAAGCCACCACGAUUUGCAGGGAUAAGGCUCCAAUUUGGUGUGAGAACUUCGGAGACCCAAGGGAUGGCAAAGCAAAGAUGCCCCAACCAUCAAACCAAGAGCCUGUAGGCUUUACCCAGGGGUCAGUCAUGGCUGAGCCUCAUGUGAGGGAGUAAAUCUGAGCAGGAACUUGUAGCUGUGUCCUCUCACCAGUGGCACAUGGCACACACAUGCCCUCAAAUAUCCCUUCUGUUGUUUGUUUUCCAGUCAGAUGGAGCACGUGGAGGGGGUGGGUUGGUGGGAAGGCAGGAAAUGUGGCCAUCACAAAAGUCCAGCUCUUCAUUUAAGAAGGUUCUGGUGACACAUUUAAAGACUUUGCAUUUGUAAAUUCAUAUUAUGAGUCUUGCAGUAAGGCUGACACUGUGGUGCUUGGGCUGGGAACUUCAGAGGUUUAUGAGGAACAGAUUUCCCGAGAAAGCAGAGUCUGGCUCUACCCACAAUAGAACGAGCCGUUUCCUUUUUUAUUUUUUUCAUUGGGUUUGUUUGGUUUUUUAUUAGUCCCAGUGGGAAGGCGCA